GGCCCAUGUUGAGAUUAGUUGUGGUUUGUGGAGCCUCAUCAUUCAGCUGGAGAGUUUCCAUAUCCCACUGUUACAAGAAUUAUUGCUGCUCCUAUCUGUCUUCCUCCGGAAGUCCCUAUUGUUGGUGCCCAGUGACUUUGUGGGUGCCCAGUGGAACACGGACUAUGGGAUUUGGGCUCCGCACCCUGCCAGCGACAGACAUCCAGACUGCGGCUCUUACCAACUUCUUCUUCUUAACCCUUGUGACUGCUUUUUUGCAGCUUCCUUGUGGAUGAUUGUGGGUACAUGAGGUGCAGAAGCCACACUGAAAUACUCGAGGGGCUCUUCUGCUUGAUUUAUUAAAGAGAAAUACGGGCACAUGCACAGCUGUUAUAUCACUGGAUGUAACUCAAGACAAGAAGGAAUAGAAUGAGCACCAUGGCUUGUGGGAGCAGCAUGAACAGUUUUGAUAUGAACUCCAUCCCUCUUGUGGCUUUAAAUUAUACAGUCAGACACAGGCUGUGUUUGUAUCUCAACCCCAAUGCUGUGGUGGCUGCUGACUGGACUCGAUUGGCCGAAGAGAUGGGCUACGACUACCUGGAAAUCAGGAAUUUUGAUCGGUACCCGGACUCCACCAUGAAGUUACUGGAAGACUGGCAAAAGAAGUGCUUCCGGGCUACUGUUGGAGGGCUACUGGAGAUGUUAAAGAAAAUGGAAAGAAACGAUAUCCUAACGGAUCUUGCACCACUUAUUGAGGCCGACUGUAAGAAGUACCUAGAGAAGAAGCACGGGCCCCUGCCAUUGCAAGAUGAUAAUGUGGACAGCAGUGAGCAAUACCGAAUUACGAAAAGUGACGAUCCUUAUGGAAGCAUGCCUGAGACAUUUGACGCUUUCAUCUGCUGCUGUGCCCAAGAUAUCUUGUUUGUGCAGGAGAUGAUCAGUCGGCUGGAACAGACAGAUUAUAAACUCAAACUGUGCGUCUUUGAUAGGGACGUCCUUCCGGGAACCUGCUUGUGGUCCAUAACCAGUGAGCUUAUAGAGAAUAGGUGUCGCAAGAUGGUGGUGAUCAUAUCUGAUGAUUAUCUGGACAGCAGCGAGUGUGAUUUUCAGACCAAAUUUGCUCUUAGCCUUGGUCCAGGGGCUCGGGAGAAACGCCUCAUUCCUGUUAAGUACAAACCUAUGAAGAGGCCGUUCCCCAGCAUUCUGCGCUUCAUCACUUUGUGCGACAAUACAAACCCUUACACUAAAGUCUGGUUCUGGGACAAGCUCGCCAAAGCUUUGGCCCGGUAAAAUGGGCUUACAUGAGCCCCAGCAAUUGUGCCGUUGGAAAGAUAACCAUUUAACCGAGGAUUAACCCCCUCCUGCAGACAUGGGGGGACUAAAGAUGUUUAUAUAGAAUAUAAUUAUUAUUCUUAUAACUCUGCUGUCUCCAGCAAGCCAGGGACCAAUACCCCUUUUUAUGAAGUUAUUCUCUGGUUAUUGCUAUUUUAAUGUGUAUUUUUCAAUCUAUAAAAUUAUAGGAGAAAAAGGGAGUUUUAUAAGAAGAAAAGGCUACUUGAAAAUGCCUCUAUAUUAAUCGAGUCAGUAGAUAAUAGAAUCUAUUGGGCAGAUUCAGUGCUAAGUAAAGCCUCAUUAGGUGGAAGCGGCUCCUUUUUCCCCCAUUCAGUUAUGAGCUGACUGAAUUGAUUAUGACGGUGGUAGAAAUGGAUAUAACAAAAUCUGCACUUUUCUUGCACCUUUUUGGUGUGUCCGUACACACCAAAUAUUAUAAUUAUAAUUCCUGCAAGUAAGGUUCUCAAAAAUGAUUAAACUAUAUAUUUUUA